GUGCGGCCACACUCUUUCUGAUUGGACAAAAUGGAGGAACUGGCCGCGAAUCGAAACUGGACAGAUGAGGAGCGCCUUGAGCUAGCGGCCCAGCUAGACGCGGAACUAGAUGCUUUUAUCGAUGGCCUGGAGAAAAAACGCUAUGAGGAAGGCUGGCCGGAGGACCGGUGGCAAGAGGAAAUGGACAAGCAUCCGUUCUUCAUGAAACGUGCUCCUCAGCCAGGUGACGACGUACAUCCGAUGUUUGAGGGCCUGCAGAAGCUUAAGUACGAUCCGGAGGAGAAUACUCGUGACGAAUUGGCACUUAAUUAUAAGGAAGAUGGCAACUUCUAUAUGAAGCACAAGAAGUUCCGCAUGGCCAUUUACAGCUUCACCGAGGGCAUCAAAUCCAAGACGGAGAAUCCCGAUGUGCUGGCAGUCCUCUACAACAAUCGCUCAGCCGCCCACUUCUUUAUAAAGAACUUCAGAUCUUCUCUGAGCGACGCCCAGAGAGCCCUUUUUUUUAAACCAGACUACACUAAAGCCCGCUGGAGGUCGGCGCAGUGCGCCUACGAGCUAGAAAGGUUUGACGUUUGCACUCAGAUGUGCGAGGAGCUGCUCGAGGUGGACCUAGACCACAAAGAGGCCAAUGCUUUGCUGCACAAGAACAAAAUGAAGAAGCUAGAGAUAGAGCGAAAUCAACGCAAGGAGGCUGCUGAAGCUAAGCGUCGUCUUAACCGCUUUCACAGAUUGAGUGAUGCCAUUGAGCAAAGGGCCAUAAAGUUCGACGAUCAAAAGAUCGGAAAAAAGGUCGAUUUGAGCGAGGAGUUUCUCCGUCCAAAAUUUUUGCCACUGGAGGACCAUCCAGUGCAUCUGGACGAAGACGGCAGCACGCUAAUCUGGCCGGCUGCAUUCUCGUAUCCGGAGUUCCUUUUUAGCGACUUCCAGCAGCAACUGCCGGAGACGGCUACCAUGCGGGAUUGCUUGUCGACCCUGUUUGCAGAACCACUGCCCUGCGACAAGACUCAGAGCUACCGCCAGGGUAAUGUUCAUGUGUACUACGAGAACCGUAAAGCAGGAUGCGUUCACAGGGUGACCGAGGAAAAGCAGCUUGCCGAGAUUAUCGCUGAGAAGGGAUUCUUUGUUUCCGGAGGAGCUCUCCUAUUCUAUGUGGUUCCCAAGGAUUCACGAGUGGAACAGGAGUUUAUAAACCAACAGCGACGACCCAUGGUUUACAGUUGAGAUAGCGUGGAAAUAAAGAUCGGUUUUAAAACACAUAGUA